GAGGAUCGUAGGAGGGGAAAAAACCCUAGAAGUUUUUUCUCUUUAUUUACAGCGCCCCUCUCUCUCAGAGAGACGAGUCUCUCUCUCGAGCGCUAGGGUUUCGUUUCUCGGUUGAAGCAGCAAAGCCCUUUAUUGCAGCACUGAGUUAGCUAUGGUUCUCAAGACGGAACUGUGCCGUUUCAGCGGUGCUAAGAUAUACCCAGGAAAGGGCAUCAGAUUUGUGCGAGCUGAUUCCCAGGUGUUCCUCUUCUCUAACUCAAAAUGCAAGCGCUAUUUCCACAACCGGUUGAAGCCUUCCAAGCUUACCUGGACGGCUAUGUACAGGAAGCAACACAAGAAGGACAUUCAUGCUGAGGCUGUGAGGAAGAGGCGUCGUGCCACCAAGAAACCAUAUUCCAGGUCGAUUGUAGGUGCUACUCUGGAAGUCAUUCAGAAGAAGAGAAUGGAGAAGGCCGAAGUCCGUGAUGCUGCUAGAGAAGCAGCUCUCCGUGAGGUCAAAGAAAGGGUGAAGAAGACAAAGGAUGAAAAGAAAGCGAAGAAGGCAGAGAUGACGGCUAAGUCCCAGAAGACCCAAACCAAGGGUAGCAUGCCCAAAGCAGCCAAGGGCCCCAAGAUUGGCGGCGGCGGCGGCAAGCGAUGAAUGCUUCCUGUUUCCAUGUAGCAGCUUUUCUUUUCUUUUUUUUCAUUUUUAUUUGUUUUAGGAAAUUUUGUUUUUGAGGUGCUUUGUAGGUUUCCCUUUGGAGCUUCUUUUGCUUAAAAAAAGUCACUAAAAUAUUCUUAAUCUUCUUGACUUCUGGAUUGCCUA